AUGGUCAAGAUCGCGCUUGCGGGUGGCACAUCUGGCAUUGGCCUGGCCAUCCACAAUGUUCUAAAAGCCGAGGAUAUGCACGAAUAUGUCAUCUUCACCCGGACACCUAGCGAUGAUGCAAAAGCUAUAGUUGUUGAUUACACCUCGACCUCUGGUCUCGCGGAGGCGUUGAAGGCGCAGUCCAUCCACACGGUCAUAUCUGCGCUGUCCAUUGGAGACGAGUCGAGCGGCCAGGCGCAGUUGAAUCUGAUUGAGGCAUCUGUCGGUGCUGGGUGUGUGAAGCGGUUCAUUCCCAGCGAGUUCGGUGCCGACUACCAUAAAGAAAUGGUCAAACAUCCACCUUCAUACACGUACAAGUUCAAGGCUCGUGAAGCGCUCGCCAAGACAGACUUGGAGUACAGUCUCGUCUGCAUUGGCAUCUUUCUUGAUUUCUGGGGCUACCCUCAUGUUCGCAGUGUGCUGGACCCGCGCAAGAUUGUUGGCAUAUUCAUCGAUUUGGCUCACAAUUUUGCUGCCAUACCGGGAGACGGCGAGACCUCUAUGGUCUUCACGCAUACCGCGGAUACGGCACGCUUCGUUGUUGGCAUGAUGGAUGUUCCCAAUUGGCCUGAAUCAGCUUUCUUCGCUGCCGAUCGCCUUACUCUAAAGCAAUUUGUGCAGCGCGCCGAGCAGACAAAGGGUGUGAAAUUCGAAGUCCACUAUGAUACGGAGGAGGACAUUCGAGCAGGCAAGAUGACCCUGCCACCAAAUGUAAGGGAAUGGUUGCCCAGUCCGGAAUGGAUCCCGAUGUUUUCGGCUGCCGCGUUGUCAUAUUUGGGAGGUGGCUUUGAUAUGGAUAUGACAAAGUGCAAAAACGACUGGUUUCCUGGGAUUAAACCGCUCAAAGUCCAGGAUGUCAUCGAUGCGUGGAACGGAAGAUAG